UUUCUAGAUCGAAUAAUAAUCUUCCCGGUGGCUUCGUCCUCCUCCUUCCGCCACCACGAUAUCAUCGACUAACUACUACCUGAACCCUAAUAUUCCCCCAUCCCUCUCCCAGAAAUUUCCGCACUUUCAGAUUCCCACUUCAUAAUUUCAUUUGUCUUCCUCCUGAGAGUCAGAACUUUCGACGUACCAUCGAUUUUUCCAUUGUUGUAAAUCAGAUCGAUAGUUGAGCUUCGCAUUCGUUAGCGCAAGUCGUCCAUUUGAUCGACGAUUUUCGCAUCGGAUCACAGCGAUCCUAGUGUGAAAAAUCUCUGAAGAUGGAGAAAGUGAGGAACUUGAUAAAGCCCAAGGUGAAUCCACAGCAGCAGUUGAGGGAUUGGCAGCGGAGGCUCCGUCAAGAGUGCCGCAACAUUGAGCGUCAAAUCAGAGAUAUUCAGAGAGAAGAGAAGAAUGUACAGAAAGCAAUCAAAGAAGCAGCCAAGAGAAACGACAUGGGUUCUGCUAAGUCGCUUGCUAAGGAACUUGUGAGAUCUAGGCAAACAGUGAACCGUCUUCAUGAGAACAAGGCGCAAAUGAACUCAAUAUCAAUGCACCUUGGAGAAAGCGUGGCAAUUGCACGCACUGUGGGACACCUGUCAAAGAGUGCCGACGUUAUGAAACUGGUCAAUAACCUGAUGAAAGCUCCUGAAGUUGCUGCUACUAUGCUAGAGUUCAGCAAAGAAAUGACCAAGGCUGGAGUGAUUGAAGAGUUUGUGAAUGAAGCUGUGGACAAUGCUCUGGACACAGAAGAUAUGGAGGAGGAGAUUGAGGAAGAAGUGGACAAGGUGUUGACUGCUAUAGCUGGCGAGACUGCAGCUGAAUUACCACAAGCAGUCAGAAAGGAGAGAGUAAAGCAACCAGCUCAAACUGCUCGAGCAGCAGAGGAAGAAGCCAUUGCCGAGGGUGGCGAUGAUGAGGAAGAACUAGAAGAGAUCAGGGCUCGACUCGCCAGAGUUAGGUCAUAAGCAAUAUCAGUUCCUUCAACUGCUCAUCUUUUAGACACUGAGCUUCUUUACCUCGACAUAUUAUUGCUGCAGAGGGAACUCUGAUGUAUGACGGGGAAUCGGACUAAAAGGAGAGGUGUUUGUGUUCUGUAUAAUUUUAGCAGCCUGUAACUCAAGUGGCCGCCAUUUGUAUCCUUACUUGAUGACAUAUUGUUUUGCGACUAUUUCACACACCUCAUUUGUAUAAAAUGGAAGUAGAUGAUGAAGAAGUAAAUAUCUUUUCAACCCUUCAAUGGCUUGG